GGGCCCACAUGCCAGCUCGGACCCGACCAAUUCCUCUUCCCCUCGGCCCUCGCCUCCACCUUCCGCGCGGCCACACCCACGAACCCUCACCUCCACCUGCACACGCGGCAGACGACGCCGACGAGUGGCCGCCGCUCGCCUCCCCUCCCCGCACCGCGCCGGGCGCCAGAUCUUCCAGAAGCUUCUAGAACCCGCCCGCUCCAUCCAAUGGGGGACAACGCCUCCGCCUCCGCCUCCGUGCUGGCGCCGCCGGUGGGAGCGGGUGAGGGUGACGCGCCGUCGUUCUCCUACCUCGCCGCGCUCGGCAACUGCCCGCUCGUCGCCGCCGUCCUCGCCGGCGCCAUCGCGCAGUUCAUCAAGGUGUUGACCACAUGGUACAAGGAGAAUCGGUGGGACGCGAAGCAGCUGGUGGGGUCCGGCGGGAUGCCGUCGUCGCACUCGGCCACCGUCGUCGCGCUCGCCGUCGCCGUCGGCCUCCAGGAAGGGUUCGGCAGCUCGCUCUUCGCCACCGCCGCCAUCUUCGCGUCCGUGGUUAUGUAUGAUGCUUUUGGUGUCAGGCUACAUGCAGGGAAGCAAGCAGAGGUCUUGAAUCAAAUUGUGUAUGAACUCCCAUCGGAGCAUCCACUGGCUGAAACAAGACCACUCCGAGAACUCCUUGGACACACACCAGCUCAGGUUUUUGCUGGUGGGGUGCUUGGAUUUGCAGUGGCCACAUUUACAGGCAUGAUAGCUGGGCUUGGUAACACUGGUUCAUUGCCCUGACUGCCGGAUUGGCGAUAUUUGUAGCUUCACGCCAAAUUUGUUGAAGUGUUAGAAUCCAAAUCGGUUAUGCGUUUUCGGGUCGCGUACAGGAGUAUGUAAAGUUUUUUUUUUCUUUUGUGGAAUUCGUAAGCCAAUCUCAUGUGAGAAAGAAAACUCAUGUCAUUCUUUUGUAGCUAAGAAAUAAUCAGCUUAUUUGUAUUCACAAAAUCACAAGUGCUCCUACUUGAGGUGAAAUUUGAUGGUGAUCGACCAUUACCAGGUGAUCUUUGGUCA